AAAGAUGAAUUAUUGAAAAAAAAAAGAAAAAGAGAUACACACAAAUAAUAAAAAAUAAAUAGAAAAUGUUGAUCUGACAUUCUUGUGGACGUGGAAGAAUUUUUUAAAAAAUAAAAAAAUAAACUCUCUAACCUUGAAUGAGUCAAUGAUCCUUUCAUAUACAUACCUGCCAAAAUUUUGUAUAUAUUAUUAUUAUUGUUAUUAUUAUUAUUUACUUGUCAAUGUUGACAGUAAUCUUGACAAUCGGUUGGAUAUUAUAAUUUAACAUAUGGUGGAGUUGUGAUACAUCUCGAGGGUAAUCUAGGCAAUUUUUUUUCUUUUUUUUUUUUACUCAUUUUUUAAUUGAGAUAAUAAUCAUAAAAAAUAAUCUGGUUGUUUGAGAGAAAGAAUGGCAAGUCCUAGAACUCGAAGAGUACUUGGUGAAUUAAAGCCAAAUGAUGAAAAUAAUAAAUGUUUCGAGUGUGGAGCACAUAAUCCACAAUGGGUAUCAGUUACCUAUGGCAUCUGGAUAUGUUUGGAGUGCUCUGGAAAACAUCGAGGUCUUGGUGUUCAUUUGUCAUUUGUAAGAUCAAUAUCAAUGGACAAAUGGAAAGAUGUUGAGCUUGAAAAAAUGAAAGUUGGUGGUAAUAGAAAUGCUAGAGUAUUUUUUGAAUCUCAACCAGAUUGGCAUGAUGAUAUGCCUGUAUCUAAAAAAUACAAUACUAAAGCUGCUGCAUUAUACAGAGAUAAGAUUGCAACUUUAUCACGAGGAGAUACUUGGACUCCAGGUCAUUCAUCAGCUAAAGAAUUUCCAGCUUCAUACAGUGAUAGCUAUACUAAUGACACUAAUAGCUCAUCAUAUCAACAAGAUGGAUCUUAUCAAAAUUACAAUUCACCUGCAUUAAAAUCACAAACUGAAUCAUUUUUUUCACGUGUACAAAAUGAAAAUGCUACUAGACCAGAUGGUGUGCCUCCAAAUCAAGGUGGAAAAUACAGUGGAUUUGGCUAUCAAAUGGAUGCACCACCAAAAAGUUCAUCACAAGAAUUUUUUGAUACUGCUGUCUCAUCUUUAGCUAGUGGAUGGUCUGUGUUUUCAUCAUCAGCAACUAAAAUUGCUAGCAAAGCAACAGAAAAUGCAUACAAAAUUGGUGGCAUUGCAAGCCAAAAGGUAUUUUAUUUAUUUAUUUAUUUUUCUUUGUUUUUUAUUUAUUAUUAUUUAUUUAUUUAUAUAAAUCAGGUACGUGAUGGAUCAUUGUUGGAAGAUGUUGGUGCUCAAGUCAACACUUUAGCAUCCAAGGUUGGUGAUUUGGGCAGACGUGGAUGGGGUGAUAUUUCUGGUUCAAAUUCAUCAUCACAAUAUGAUACUCAGGAUCAGUAUCAAAAUACAUCAUCAAUAUAUCAAAAUAAUUCACAAAAUUCAUUCUCAAAUGAAAAAUCAACACUCGUAUCAAAUUCAAACUCAAACUCAAAAAGUGAUAUGAAUCGUAGUUCAUCAGUUAAUGAUUGGGAAUGGGGCAAUACAUCAAAAUCAACAUCUCCAACAAGUGAUGUUAAACCUCGUAAAAUUAAAGAAAAAAAAGUCAAAGAAGCAUCACUCAUUGAUUUUGAUAUAAAAUAUGAUGAAAAUAAUUGGAAGAAAAAUUCAAAAGACGAAGAAGAUGUUUGGGAUAUAUUGAAAGAUUAAAUCCACUUGUUAAUUAUCUAACUAAUUGAAAAAGAAAAAAAAAAACAAUAUUUA